UGUCCUCACUUCCCUAAUUAUGUUUAGCUUACAUACCUUACGUUAGUUUAUAUUUAUUUUGUUACUCUGCAUUAGAAACCAGCCUGGGCUGUAGCUGACUGCCACUGGGAACUUUGCUGACUUGAUCAGUCAGUUUGAAAGUGUGAAAAGUUCAAUAUAAAUAAUAUUCAGAUACUGUAAGUAUUCAGAAAGUCUGCUUAAUUGAGGUCCACUCUCCUCUCUUACUGUUUCAGCAGGUCUCUGGUCCAGUUCGUCAGGGGCUCUGAACUUCAAUCCGAACCCCCUGGAGCUGCUGGGCUGUACUGGGCUGAGCUGGCCUUUGUCGGUGUCUUUGGACCACCCUAGUUUUUGUUCCGUUCGCCCUGCUAGACAAUGGCCAGUGGUCUGUGGUCUGAGGGUCAGAUCUGGUGUCCCACCUGUCUGAACAUCCUCACGGAUCCAGUGACUCUUCCCUGCGGACACAGUUACUGUAUGGGCUGCAUCAGGACGCAGUGGGACCGGGUCGAUCAUAUCGGCGUCUACAGCUGCCCCCAGUGCGGAGAGACCUUUGCCCAGCGGCCCGACGUGCACAGGAACACAGAGCUGGCCGACGUGGUGGAGCAGCUGAGGUCGUCGAGCUUCCACGAUCCGCCUCCUGCCCCCAGUCCUGCUGGCCCUGGAGAUGUGCUGUGUGACGUCUGCACUGGGAGACCGGCGAGGGCUGUGAAGUCCUGCCUGGUGUGUCUGGCCUCUUACUGCCAGACUCACCUCCAGCCUCACCGCCAGUCUCCCGCUCUGUCCGCGCACCCGCUGGUCGACGCCACUGGGCGCCCGGGGGGCACGGCUCGUGCCGAUCCGCAGGGGCCGUGGGAUCCGCUGUGGCAGAUGGGUGGUGACGGCCGCAGCUCAGCGGUUGCGAAUCUGGUAAGGAUGACAAUUUACGUCAGACCUGGAGCUCCUGGAGACUCACCCAGCAUCCCUGUCAGACCCCACUUCUCUCCUGAGGCUGUGAGGAGAGCUGUCUCUGGACUGAAAGAGCGACUGGAGAACUUCUGCAGGGAGGAAUUAGUGAAGAUCUCCAGGACAGGUGGGUUCUUGAAUACAAUACUGUCCUCUUCUCUCCAAUCAGAUGCCUGUCAGCUCACACUGGACCCCAACACAGCGCACAGACACCUCCGUCUGUCUGAGGGGAACAGGAGGGUGACCUGGAGCAGGGAGCCCCAGCAGUACCCCGAUCACCCCGAGAGAUUCGACCACUGGCAGCAGGUGCUGUGCAGAGAGGGGCUGUCCGGGACUCGCUGUUACUGGGAGGUGGAGUGGAGUGGGAUAGGGGGGUUCAUAGGCGUCGCUUAUAAGGGGAUCACCAGGAAAGGGGAGGCCAAAGAUGGCGUCUUUGGGGGCAACGACCAGUCGUGGAGUCUGGUGAGCUCUGGCCUCAGCUGCUCCUUCUGGCACAGCAGGAAGGGGGCUACGAUAACGGGCCCUCUGGCCCCCAGGAUCGGGGUGUAUGUGGACCACAGGGCUGGAACUCUGUCCUUUUACAGCGUCUCUGGAGACACAGCGACCCUCCUGCACAGAGUCCAGGCCUCCUUCACGGAGCCCCUCUAUCCCGGGUUCGGGAUUGGACUGAACACGACAGUGGGCCUGUGCCGACUGGAUCGGCCCCUUUGGUCCUGAUGCAGGGCACCCCCUGGGCCUGGGCGGAGAAACCGGUGAGCGUGGUGCGACCUCGGGCCUCUUGAAGACCAGAUCCUCUCGGUUCUGCGGGUUUCAGCUGAUCAGGACUUCGGCUGGCACACGUUGGCCCGGAUGGUUUUUCAAUUGAACAGCUUUGCAGCUACAGGAGGGCUGGUGAGGUAUGACAUCAUAAUGCCAAUCGUGCUGCUUAUUCCUCUACUGUACUGGACACUGGAGCUCUGAGCACAGGGAAGCUGUUUACUUUAAAGCUGGACUCCUCUACUGUACUGGACACUGAUCACACAGGAGAGAGUGUUUAAUCUACUGUACUGGACACUGAUCACACAGGAGAGAGUGUUUAAUCUACAGCCGGACACUGAUCACACAGGAGAGAGUGUUUAAUCUACAGCUGGACACUGAUCACACAGGAGAGAGUGUUUAAUCUACAGCUGGACACUGAUCACACAGGAGAGAGUGCUUAAUCUACAGCCGGACUCCUCUACUGUACUGGACACUGUGCA